GUAAUCAUAUUAAAAGAAGCGGCUAGGGCUUUGACAGCUCCUUCCAGUUCCUUUGUGCUGCCUUUGCUUUUACCGGCUUGGCUUUCUAGUUUGGAGCUGGGUGCUUAAAACUGAAUAAAAUAGAUCAAGUCCCUGAGUGGUGCCUAGGAUGCCAAAUAAGCUGAGCUACAGAUCUGCUGAGAGCCAUGGCUAUUUUUAUUAGAAGCUGAUACUUUAGUGUAGCUGAGAACACUGCCUUGGAAGAGGGUUAGUUUCUAGCGAAGGUGGGGAAGGCAAAGCAGGGCUCCGUAGAGAAACUUGCUCAAAAGAAGAACCCAAAGAAAUUUAAAAGUGCAGAGGACAUCCCACCUUUUAAUACACCAUCUCCUGCAAGAGUCAACAUUGGCCCUGUCAGAUCCUCUGAGCUGCUAAUACAACUUGAUCUUUUUUCACAGUGCAUUUCUUACCAUCAGCAUUAUGACUGAGAUUGCAGCAGAAGGACCUGUGUCCACAACAACUGUCAUAGACAACAAGAAUGGAACAGUUCCUGUGCCGCAUAUGAAAAUGUCCAAGAGAUCAGUAUCAGAAGAUUUUGCAACAACCUUCAGUUCACCUGCAGCAUGGCUCCUUGUAGUUGCUCUUAUUGUUACCUGGUCAGCAGUGGCUAUUGUCAUGUUUGACUUAGUGGAUUACAGAACCUUGGCAGGACAGUCCAUAAACAAACUCACCACGGAUCCAUUUAGAAUCAUGCAUGGUGCUGUGGAAGAGAGCACCAAUUCCAUUUAUGGCUUUCUUUCUUUACUGUCUGACCUCAUAUUUGAAGAUGAAGAUGAGAAUGGAAAAGGUGAAGGAGAGCCGUACCUGAAAGUAAAAGAAGAAAUUCAACCACCAGUCAAAAAGAAAGAAAUCCAGAUAGACAAGGCUGAAAAAAUAGAGAAAGUAGAAAAGAAGCCAUCACCAAAAGAAAUUCAGAGAGACAAGGGAAGGGAAAGGGAAGAGAAAAUAGAAAAGAAACUACCACUCAAAGAAAUUCAGAAAGAAAAACCUGAGAAAUACGAAAAGCCUAAAAAAGUAGAGAAGACCAAGAAGCUUGAAAAAGUAGAAAAACCUCAAAAAAGGGAACUUACUAAAGGUGAGAAAUAACCACUGAUCAUAAAC